UUGCCCUCAUUAAACAUGGAUUCCUCGGUUUUCCCCAAGCAUACUGAAGCCGUUUGCCAUCAAACAGGAGCAUUCGCGACUGCCUACAAGAACCGAAACUGUUUAUACACCGAACCUGGAGACCAGCCGACGGGCAUAAUACGGACUAAAGCGAUGGCGAGAAAAAAAAGCAAGCAGCAGGGCGUCGGGGCCAAGGAUUUAGUGUCGGGACAGCAGCAGCAGAGCCUGUCGAAGAAGCCCAGCGAUGCAGGAGCAGCAGCAGCAGCAGCAGCGGCGGCAGCAGGAGGCGGCGCUGGCGGUGGAGGAGAUGCAGGAGCGAGCAGGACCAAUCAGUCCAUGCACACCUGCUGCUUGCUGUGCCAUCGGGAGUUUAAAGACUGGGGGGCAGGCCAGGUGAACGGGCUCCCCAGUCAUGGGUCCAAACUGGCAGAGGCUGUACCUGCGCUCUCCCAGGCUCUGCUGAGGGAGGUUCCAGGCCGCAAGCUGGCAGAUGCCGUGCCUUCGCUCUCCCAGUCACUGUUGGGUGAAGUGCCGCUGUGGAUCUGCCAGAGCUGCAGGAAGAGUGUGGAAGAGGAGGAGAGGAGAACGAUUCAGGAGCAAACUGCGCAAGUGCUGCUGUCCCACUCGUCCUCGUGUAAGUCUCAGAGCUGUGGGAAUGGUUAUCCUGAGCAUAGCUCGGUGGAUUGGGACCCCAGCUCCUUCCUCUCCGCGCGCAAACUGUCUGGCCUGUGGAACUCGGCUCAUUCUAAUGGAGGAUCUCAAUGCAACCACAGCACAGCUACGCUUUCGCAAAGCGGAACGGUGGGACCAGCUUGCCAUGAGAAGAGAUCUUCUCAUGACGCUCCCGGGAAGGCUGCCAAAACAUUCGGGAAUAAAGUCUGUCCCUACAGUCAUCCCGCAUCCCAGAAUUCCAAUGUGGCUUCUCCUGGGACACUGUCUGCCUCCACUGAUCUAUGUAAGACCAACCCCAAGCACUUCAAGACAAUGUGUCGACGACCAACUCCUCCAGGUGAGGCGUUCCACCCAAAUGACCACCACCAAGCUGCAGACCUGUCAGUGCCACCCAACAGUCCUACGGGUCUCUCAUCCCAGCAUUCCUCGCUGCUGCCUCCCAAGCAAAACUCCAGUCAGCAUGUUCACAUCAACUCCACUAGUUCGGGGCUGCCUUCGCACGCUCCCUUCUCCCCGCUGGUACCAAACAUUCACGCUCCUGCAGCUAAGCACUCGAGUGGGGCGGACAGUCCGGUGGCCCUACACAAGCCCAGCGGCUGCAAGAACUCCCACAUUCCCACUGUUAACACACAACACAGCAAACUCAGCAACUCGCUCUUAGGGUGCAGUCACCCAUGCAACGGUCACAGUAACGGCAGCUCUGUAGCCUCCUCCAAUGCUGGCCAUCUAACGUCUGGGGCAUGCAGGGACCAAGCGUGUAAAGGGCACAAGUUGCCCAACGGGUCUUUGUGUCACGCCCAACCCUGUGAGCUUGAAGAAGGAGAUGAUGAGGACAGUAGCUCGGAGCGUAGCUCUUGUGCUUCCUCCACCAAUCAGAAGGACGGGAAAUACUGUGACUGUUGCUACUGCGAGUUCUUUGGCCACAACGCGCCCCCGGCCGCCCCCACCAGUCGGAACUAUGCUGAGAUCAGGGAGAAGCUUCGGUCCAGGCUGACCCGCCGUAAAGAGGAACUUCCUCAGAGGCAGGAUCUAGAUCCGGCGGCACCGAGUGCCAUAGACCAUCGAGACGUGAACGAACUCCUGGACUUCAUCAACAGCACAGAGCCCAAGCCUGUCAACAGUGCCAAGGCUGCAAAACGGGCACGGCACAAACAGAAGAAAAAGGUGCACUGUUCGUUUUCCAAUUUAGUUUUGUGUAUAAAUGUCCGGAAAAGAGAUCAUUACAAAUUCAGAAAAAAAGCUGAAGCUCGAAAGGAGUCUGCCAAGGAGAAACAAUUGAAAGAGGAAGAAAAGAUUCUGGAGAGCGUGGCCGAAGGCAGAGCUCUAAUGUCUGUGAAGGAAAUGGCCAAAGGUAUCACAUAUGAAGACCCAAUAAAAACAAGCUGGAAAGCGCCACGUUACAUUCAUGGCAUGCCAGCAGCGCGGCAUGAACGUGUACGGAAGAAGUACCACAUUCUUGUUGAAGGUGAAGGCAUUCCACCACCCAUUAAGAGCUUCAGAGAGAUGAAGUUUCCUCAGGCCAUCCUUAAAGGACUGAAGAAAAAAGGAAUCAUUCACCCGACACCCAUUCAGAUUCAGGGAAUACCAACCACUCUCUCUGGCAGGGACAUGAUUGGCAUUGCUUUCACCGGCUCAGGGAAAACUCUGGUUUUCACGCUGCCCAUCAUUAUGUUUUGUCUGGAGCAGGAGAAACGGCUACCCUUCUGUAAGAGAGAGGGACCCUAUGGCCUCAUCAUCUGCCCUUCUAGAGAGCUGGCGAGACAGACACAUGGUAUCAUUGAAUACUACUGUAAACUCCUAGAGGAUGAAGGGGCUCUUCAGUUGCGCUGUGCCCUGUGUAUUGGGGGCAUGUCUGUCAAAGAACAGAUGGAGGUGGUAAAACGCGGGGUGCACAUGAUGGUGGCCACUCCAGGCAGACUGAUGGACCUGCUGAACAAGAAGAUGGUGAGUCUGGAUAUCUGCCGCUAUCUGGCUCUGGACGAGGCUGACAGGAUGAUUGACAUGGGUUUUGAGGAGGACAUCAGGACCAUCUUCUCUUACUUUAAGGGUCAGAGACAAACACUGCUUUUCAGUGCCACUAUGCCCAAGAAGAUUCAGAACUUUGCCAAAAGUGCUUUAGUGAAACCUAUCACCAUUAAUGUGGGCAGAGCUGGAGCUGCAAGCUUGGAUGUCAUCCAGGAAGUGGAAUAUGUCAAAGAAGAGGCCAAAAUGGUUUAUCUCCUGGAGUGUCUCCAGAAGACCCCACCGCCGGUAUUAAUAUUCGCUGAGAAGAAAGCAGAUGUAGAUGCCAUACACGAGUAUCUUCUGCUGAAAGGUGUGGAGGCGGUGGCUAUUCACGGUGGAAAAGACCAGGAAGAGAGAACGAAAGCCAUUGAGGCAUUCAAAGAGGAAAAGAAAGAUGUUUUAGUGGCUACUGAUGUUGCUUCGAAGGGUCUGGAUUUUCCAGCUAUCCAGCAUGUUGUCAAUUAUGACAUGCCCGAAGAGAUUGAGAACUAUGUCCACAGAAUAGGCAGAACAGGUCGAUCCGGAAAAACUGGAGUAGCCACAACAUUUAUCAACAAAGGAUGUGAUGAGUCUGUACUAAUGGAUCUGAAAGCUCUGUUGGUUGAAGCCAAGCAGAAGGUUCCUCCUGUGCUGCAGGUUCUCCAAAUGGGAGACGAGAUGAUGCUGGAUAUUGGAGGAGAGAGAGGCUGUACAUUUUGUGGUGGUUUGGGCCACAGGAUCACAGACUGUCCCAAACUGGAGGCCAUGCAGACAAAACAGGUCACCAACAUUGGCCGCAAGGACUAUCUGGCCAGCAGCUCCAUGGAUUUUUAAUGCUGUCUGCUACUUUGUCAUCAAAUCUUUCCAUGAGAGAGGCUCCUGUAUCAUGUCCGAUGUCAUUUUGUGCAAAAUGCAUUAUUCUUGGAACUCCACUUUUUUUUUUUUUAUCAGUGAAA